GGCAGCAGGACUUUCAAGACGAUACUCCUCUGCUUCGUGGUAACCGUAAGCCAGGCAGUGGCCAGCUUGCCAGGUAGGUUGAAGCAGGCGUGAGCGGGUUAUGGCGUGCGGACAUGACCGCUUCAAGGGGAAGUCUUUGGGACCUUGAGGCUUUCUUUGAAUGUCUUUUGUCUGCGUUUGCGGAGAAGCACGACGCACAAAGGCUUGUCCGUCCCUGGUCCCUUCGACCUCUUCAGAGACAGUUUCCACAGGACCGGCAUAUCAACUUCGAAGACAGCCUACAUGAAGAAGUCUAUCAACGCUUGACCGCCAUGCUAUCAGAAGAUUUGACCUUUCUCGAAUUACCACUCACUCUCUGGGUUACAGUAGUCAUAGCUUUGUAUGCUAUUUCUUGCUCCUUUUCGAACCAUGCAAGACUGGGAAAAGUUCCAGGGCCCUGGCUUUAUGCGACGACCAGAUUUCGAUUGGGCUUGGAUGCGUGGCGAGCCCGUUCAGUCCAGGCUAUUCUCAAUCUACACCGACAAUAUGGCCCGAUUGUCCGCAUCGGACCGAGCGAAAUCUCCUUCAACAGUAUUUCCGCGCUGAGAACCAUCUAUGGAGCUGGCAGUGGCUUCGAAAGGACAUCCUUUUAUCGUAUGUUUGACGUCUAUGGCCACAAAAACCUGUUCACUUUUGGUUCCGGCAAGCUCCACCGUGACCGUAAGAAGUUGAUCAGCCAUAUAUACGCUAACCAAACGGUCCUUGGUCCCGAGUCUUCUGCAAUGGUCCAGAAGAAGGUUGCAGCGUUUCUCUCUCUGCUCGAAAGAGAGCCAAACCAUGCAAGUGAGAUCUUCCGAAGCUUGCACUAUUUUUCGUUCGACACCAUCUCAGAAUUUGUGUAUGGUGCUGAGCACGGAGGCACGACCGCCUUGUCCGGAUGCAAAGUGUCCCAAGGCUUGAUUGAAGACAUAUUGAAUCCAGCUCGAAGGAGACUGGCAUGGUUUGCGAUCCAUUUUCCGGCAUACACAAAGUGGAUCACGACACGCACUGGACUGUUGGAACGACUGCUGGCAUCCCUCGGAUUGAUGCCUAUGAGGAAGCCUUUCACUUAUUCUGGCAUUCGUCAGCAUGCACUGAACGCGUUUCAUAGCUUCAAAAAUGCUCCAACUGAGGUGCAGGCAAAUGCCGCCGAGACCACAGUCAUUGGACGCUUGUUCAAGGUGCGGCAAGAAGCCAACCUCUCAGACAUGGACAUCGCUUCAGAGUGCGCCGAUCAUCUUCUUGCUGGCAUUGACACCACCGCUGACUCGCUGAUGUUCGUGAUUUGGGCGCUUUCCUUGCCACAACACAGGGAAUUCCAAGAAAGAUUGAGGGAAGAGGUGUCGCAGAUCUCCGUCGACGGCAACGACUUACCUGUCCCUAAGGAAUUGACCCAGCUUCCAUACUUGAAUGCGGUCGUGAGGGAGACUUUGCGCUUGUAUUCGCCACUGCCUGCAUUCGAGCCUCGAGUAUCCUCGACCGAUACUGUCAUUGACGGGUACGAAAUUCCGGCCGGUACAGUUGUUGGCAUGUCGCCAUUCUGCUUGCACAGAGACGAGACGGUCUUUCCAUCACCUUUGAGCUUCACGCCUGAGAGAUGGUUAACACCUUCCGGGACCCUGGUCCCCGAAUCAGAUCUGAGGAAUCGAUACUUCUGGGCAUUCUCGAGUGGCGCACGCAUGUGUAUCGGAAUGCAUCUGGCCAAUGCCGAGAUGCUGACGCUGAUCGCUGCGCUGUACCGGAAGUACAGAACAUCAGCAAAACACCCGGACACGUCGCCAGGUGUCACAAGUAGGUUCGAAGUCUUCUACGAUGAGACGAUGCCUAGAAUGGCCGAGCACGAAUGUUGGAUUGAUUUCGUAAAGCUUGCCGAGAACAACAAGUCAUCCGGCGCUUGGACACAAUGA